UAUCCUAGCUCCAUUUGCAUCUGUCAAUAUUUUUAUUAACACAAGUUCAGUUUAGAUAGGAGCUGCAUUAUAAUAAUUUUACUUCACACAUGCAGGCUUGAUUUCUUCCACUAGUUUGCAGAAUUGCAAAUCGGUAGCUGCAAAGUGCUUGAGGAGAAAAUCAGCAUGUCAAAAUUUACUGAGAUGUAGAAAACUAACACAAGGAAUAGUAAAGAAGCAACCAUGUUGAACAGAUUUAAAUACAAAAAGGGUAGUGACAACUAUGAGGAUAUAUCUGGGGAGGAUAAGAUGGACAUGGAUUUAACCGAUCCUGCAAUGAGAAGGGCAGCAGGGAUACAGGAUGGCACAGGAGGCACUGAUAGUUAUACAAGCUUGAAGGAGUUACGCCAUAAUCUGAGUCCAGUGGAAGAAGGGGAACCAUCAACAGAUUCAUCUGAAGAUACUUACACAAUACAGCAAGCAAUAGAUAAUAUUGGUUUUGGGAAGUUUCAAGUCAAGCUGUCCAUUCUUACAGGUUUUGCCUGGAUGGCUGAUGCUAUGGAGAUGAUGAUUUUAGCCAUUCUAUCGCCUGCCUUACAUUGUGAAUGGCAGUUAAAGGGCUGGCAACAAGCUCUUAUAACAACUGUAGUAUUUGCUGGUAUGAUGUGUAGCUCUAGUUUAUGGGGAAGUAUAUCAGACAAAUAUGGUAGAAAAGCAGAGUUGAUUCUAUGUUCUGUGUUUACCUGCUAUUUUGGAAUACUUAGUGCAUUUUCUCCUAACUUUGCCUGGUUGUUGAUUCUAAGAGGACUGGUGGGUUUUGGUAUUGGUGGUGCUCCUCAAUCAGUGACAUUGUAUGCAGAGUUUUUACCAUCAGCAUCAAGAGCAACAUGUGUAGUUUUGAUAGAGGUAUUUUGGGCCAUAGGAGCAUGUUUUGAAGUAUUAUUAGCCUUAGCUGUGAUGCCUACACUAGGAUGGAAGUAUUUACUAGGAUUUUCAGCUAUGCCUCUGCUGCUAUUUACAAUAUGUUGUUAUUGGUUACCAGAAAGUGCUCGUUAUGAUAUCACACGAGGUCGCACAGAGAAAGCUUAUGCAACUUUACAGAGAAUUGCUAAAGAAAAUAAUAAACCAAUGCCGUUAGGGAGACUUGUAGAGCCAAGUUCUAAGGCUGCAAGCAGAGGCAGUAUAAAGGAUUUGUUUGCCUUAGAGUAUAGAAAAACAACUUUAAUGUUGUGGGUCAUAUGGUUGGUGUCUGCAUUUUCUUAUUAUGGUAUUGUUUUAAUGACCACACAGUUAUUUGAGAUAUCUGAUGGUUGCCAUGGUUCUACAAAAGAAGUGGAGGAGGCUUGUUAUGUGGAAUGUAAAGGUCUUACAACAUCUGAUUAUAUAGAUUUGACAUGGACUACAUUUGCUGAGUUCCCUGGAUUGUUUGUGACUGUGUUUAUUAUAGAAAGGCUGGGAAGAAAGUUUACAAUGGCAUUUGAAUUUUUUGUGUUCACUAUUUUUGUGUUGUUAUCAAAUAUAUGUACAUCUAGGCCUGUAUUAACAUUUUUCCUGUUUGUAGCAAGAGCAUUUAUAUCUGGAGCUUUUCAAGCUGCCUAUGUUUAUACUCCAGAGGUUUAUCCUACAUCAAUGAGGGCUAUAGGUCUUGGAUCUUGUAGUGGUAUGGCCAGGGUUGGGGCAAUAGUUACACCAUUUGUAGCACAGGUGUUGUUAAAAGAAUCGUCAUAUAUAGCAAUAUCAACCUAUGGUGUUAUAUCUUUGGUAGCGACUGUUGUUGCAAUGUUACUGCCCAUAGAAACAAAAGGGAGAGAAAUGAAGGACACUCAUCACGAGAUGACAGUAGCGCAUUAACAAGAACAGACAAUAUGUCUCAGUUUACUAGAUUUACUAUUAAUUCACCACAUUAGAAUAUAAUGCAUUCUGGGUAACUCUUUCAAAAGAGUUCACCAAAAAAUAGUCACUUGUAAAACAGCCUCAUAAACAAAGAUAAUUUAACCAAUAGCAUAAUAUCAUUUUGGUGUAGGAACAUUAAAUUGCUCUAAUGUUUCAGUUCCCUAGAUUUUCUAUAUAUUCACCACAUGAGAAUCUAAUGCAUUCUGGGUAAUUCUUUCAAAAGAGUACACCAAAACAUAAUGACUGGCUAACAGCCUCAUAAACAAAGAUAAUUUAACCAAUAGCAUGAUAUCAUUUUGGUGUAGGAACAUUAAAUUGCUCUAAUGCAUUCUGGGUAAUACUUCAAAUAGCUUCUUCUAUUUUAGGCUUCUCAGUCAAUAAAAAUCCACCAAUAGUUUAACAGUAUUAUCAUUAGGUGUAGGAACAAUACACAUAGUCAUUUGAAUCCUUAAAAAUAGCAAAAAAAUGCUUUUAUAUAGUGUAUUUAAUCAUGUCUCUAGUUCAGACUAAUAUAUAUGACAAUAUAAAAUGUCUUUUUUAAAAUUUCCACAAAUAGAAUUAUAUUAAGAGUCUGGAUUUCUUUUCAAUGUUAGCUUUUAUUGUCCAUAACAUCAAUUUUUCUCUCCAAUUUAUCACAUUUAGGUUGGAUUUUAGAUCAAAAAGACUUCUAGGGUCAAGGUUGACCGAAAGGUCAGGGGAAUAUCAUGGCUUUUGACUCUGUUAAUCUCUUUGUGGGCUAUUUUUGAUUUGAAGAUUGCUAUUAUGAAAUUCUUAAAUUGAUUAUAAAUGUAUAACCACUGGUUUGAUAACAGACUGGGUACCACGAUAUGGUCCAGCCGAAUUAAAGUCUUUAGAAUGUGUAUUCUUUGUCAGAGGUUCCAAAGGGUUUUAAGACCCUAGUAGUCUCUGUUACACUACUAGUAUGACAAAAUUCUAACAUUUACACUGGUCAUUUGGUCCAGUAAUUGUGACAUUUUCAUGACCAAACCUUUUAAUACUGGAAAUUAUCACAUGUUUGGAAUGUUUAUGUAUGUCAGGGAAACGUACAAGUGCAAUAUAUUGUGUAAAUGUAUAUGUGUUACUGUAACUUUUGCUUGUUUUUGAAAAAAUCAAAUUUUUUUUUGUCAUCAAUGUAAUACAAGGUUUAAAUUUAAGUUUGUUUUUUUUUUGAUAAAGCACAUACUUUCUCUGAGAUUUGCAAAUUAGCUUUCACAUUUUUUUCAAUAGGUACCAGCACUAAGGAAAAUGAAGUUAUUGCAUAAAGGAAUAAGUUUUUUCCAUUUAGGUGUCAAAUAUCAAGAGAUUACUUGUUAUUAAAGCAAGUUGUUAAAAUGUAUAAAUUUAUUGUCAUUAUAUUUUCAAUUUUUACAAGAUAUACAAAUUUUUAAAUAAACUGCAGAAAAUUGCUUCAUUUUUACAUAUCCACAUAUUGACUUUUCAUGGGGCUGAACUGAUUUUUUCCAGUGUGUUUGUAUGAGAAAUCUUCAAUGUUUUCUGGUAAAAUACAUGAAAAUGAUCUAUUUAUAAAAAGUAUGAAAUGCCAAAAUCGUAAAAUAUGCAUUCCAAGACACAUAUCUAAUCAAUUUUGAGUUGUGUUUUUAAUAUUAUAUAGUAUGUUUAUUUUCUAAAUAUUUAUAAUGAUAUUAUUUAACGACAUUCCAUGUUUAUUUAUAAUUUAUUGCAGAUUUUUAUAUACAAUAUUCUUAUUACCUAUUCUGUAAUCUUUAUAUUUACCUUAGAAUAAUGUCAAGGUAUAGUAAUUUGAAAAUAUUACACAUUUUACAUGCAUACUUGUGCAAUUAACAUUUCUUAUGUAUGGCAUAAUAUUUUGAGGGACAAAACUCAAUGAUCUCCUUAAGGUGGUACCAAACACCUUGACUAAAAAUAAUUAGGCUCGUGUAUUCUUCAUAAAAUUUUGACAAAAAUAUUUACUUUCACCCUUUGACAAAAAAUUUAAUAAAAUCAAAAAUAGAACUUCAAACUUUACCAGAAAUUUUUCAUUGGAUAUAUUGCAGUUUGAAAAACUGAUUUUAAUCAUUGAGAAACUUAAUUAAGAAUAGAAAGUGAUUUAACUGUUCAGCUGAUUUUUACACAGUUAUCUCCCUGUAGUAUUAUGUAUACCACCUUUAUGGUAGUUUUCAUAAUUUGUUAUUAAGGAUUUUUGUAAAUAACUAGAAAUCUCAUG